UCAAUUUUUUUGGUUAUUACUAGACAUUGUGCUGUAUCUUUGUGAGAAAGAACAUGUUGAGGGUGGUAUGAUAUUCCAGCUAUUGGAAGAUUUAACAGAAAUGUCUACAAUGAGAAACUGUAAAGACAUCUUUGCUUAUAUAGAGAGUAAACAAGAUAUAUUGGGGAAGCAAGAGCUCUUUGCACGUGGAAAGCUUGUGAUGCUGAGGACGUGCAAUCAACUUCUUCGUCGUCUGUCAAAGGCAAACGAUGUGGUUUUUUGUGGACGAAUUCUCAUGUUUCUGGCUCAUUUCUUUCCCUUGUCCGAGCGUUCAGCUGUGAAUAUAAAGGGGGUUUUCAACACAUCUAAUGAAACAAAAUAUGAGAAAGAUGCCCCUGAAGGAAUUUCUAUUGAUUUCAACUUUUACAAGACUUUUUGGAGUUUACAGGAACACUUUUGCAAUCCUGCUUCUAUAUCUCUUGCUCCUACCAAGUGGCAGAAAUUUACAUCCAAUUUAAUGGUUGUGUUGAAUACCUUUGAAGCUCAGCCUUUGAGUGAUGAAGAGGGCAAUGCUAAUAAUCUGGAGGAAGAGGCAGCAACUUUCAGCAUAAAAUAUCUUACAAGCAGUAAACUAAUGGGAUUAGAGUUGAAAGACCCAAGUUUUCGACGCCAUAUUCUUGUUCAAUGCCUCAUAUUGUUUGAUUAUCUGAAGGCCCCUGGAAAGAAUGACAAAGAGCUGCCAUCUGAUAGUAUGAAAGAAGAGAUUAAAUCUUGCGAAGAGCGUGUGAAGAAACUGCUUGAGAUGACCCCACCGAAAGGGAAAGAGUUUCUUCAUAACAUUGAGCAUAUACUAGAACGUGAAAAGAAUUGGGUAUGGUGGAAACGUGAUGGUUGCCCACCAUUUGAAAGACAGCCAAUAGAGAAGAAAGCUGUUCAAGAUGGUGCCAAAAAACGGCCAAGGUGGAGAAUGGGAAAUAAAGAACUCUCUCAGUUGUGGAAGUGGGCAGAUCAAAACCCAAAUGCUCUUACUGAUCCACAGCGUGUCCGCACUCCUGCUGUCUCAGAGUAUUGGAAACCCUUGGCUGAAGAUAUGGACUUAUCCGCUGGAAUUGAAGCUGAAUACCACCAUAAAAACAACCGGGUUUAUUGCUGGAAAGGUCUUCGAUUUGCAGCUCGGCAGGACUUGGAUGGAUUUUCUAGAUUUACUGAGUAUGGAAUUGAAGGGGUUGUGCCUAUGGAACUUUUGCCUUCAGAUGUCCGGUCCAAAUAUCAAGCUAAACCAAGUGACAGGUCUAAACGUGCUAAAAAAGAAGAAACAAAAGGUGCUGCACAACAAGCAGAGGAAAACCAGAUCGCAACACCUGCGAGUGAGAUUGAUGGGGAGGGAACCAGAGUUGAUCUUGAAGCCUCAGCAGCACCAAUGGACACUGAUGUCACAGCCACAACUCCAACAGCAGAUGAAAAUCAGAAGCAAAGCUCUGACACCGAUGCGGGUCAGGAGGCAGGGCAGUCAGAAGCAGAUGCUGAAGCAGAGGCUGGAAUGAUAGAUGGGGAGACAGAUGCAGAGGUUGAUUUAGAUGCAGUUGGCUGAGACAUGCAGGACCGGCUUUCUGGACUGGCCUUAGUAGUUGACCCAAAGCCAAAAUUACAGUGCUAGCUGUUUAUCUCUCUUUACUAAACAAGGCAGUAAGCAUUAUAUCACUGAUAAAUGCAAUUUUUUAGGAACAUUUCUUUGUAACAUUAAUUCCAAACUUAUAUAAAAUUGGCGCCUUCUAACAGCUGCCAAGAUCUUUGUAGAUCAUCCAGGUGGUUGCAGAUCACAUUCACUGAUGAAUAUUCCAUUAUCCUUGCUGUAUCAUGUGAGUGUUGAUA